UUCUGUACCCAGUAAGACCCAGUGCAGUUCUGGAAAUGUGACCACACUUAGCUGCCUGGAUUGUAGUCUCAGGCCCAGGCUAGAGUCUCGUAUUGUGGGGGGGGCAGCGUCCCCCCCUGGACAACUCCCCUGGAUGGCCAGCCUGCACCACAAGCACACCCCCACCUGUGGGGCCGCGGUCAUCACACACACCUGGAUACUGACUGCUGCUCACUGUGUCUAUGGAUUUGAUGACCCUGGGCAGUGGGUGGUGUAUGUUGGAUUGACAGCCCAGCCAAUUAACGGAGCGGGGUCUCUCUCUGUGAAGAGGAUCGUCUAUCAUGCCCUCUACCGCCCCCGCAGGACAGAGUAUGACAUUGCACUCAUCAGGCUGGAGCAAGCCCUCAGCGUCAACGGCCUGGUGAAACCCAUCUGUCUGCCCAAUCACGGGGAGCCCAGCUUGCUGCUCCAGUCUGCCCAGGUGCAGGUGCUCUCCAGCAGGCUGUGUGAAGCCCCCUCCUCCCCCUGGAGCCUCUGUGCCGGACACACACACAGCGGACCACACUCCUGCCUGGGGGACAACGGGGGUCCGCUGGCCUGUGAGGGGGAGUCUGUGUGGAAGGUGUGGGGGGUGUUAGGCUGGAGCUAUGGCUGUGGAGAGAACAGAACAGGGGAGCUGUACACACAGGUUCUCUAUGCCCUACCCUGGAUCCACACCGUCAUGCAGGGAUAAGUGACAGGGGACCUGAAGUCCAGUCGACACGUUUUCUACAGCCCGACAGGAUGUUGAGGAUGUACGUUACCAAAGAAACACAUCUCUCCUGGGACAUUGUGUUACUGAUGCGGACAUACAUGGAUGUCAGCAUGUGUGUUUAUGUGGCCAUCACCAUGACGAACUGAUAGUGGCUGUUUGUACAGAACCAGGAAGUAAAGACCCAUUUGUUC